UAAUACAUGAAUAUUCAUGAUUUAUUCCCAAGAUUCGAUUCAUGCGAUCUGUGGAGUUUUCCAGCUUUCUCAUCUCAUGAUCAACAGAUGAUUCUAUUUACUGACUGAUACAAGGAAAAUAGCACCAUGCAUUGUUUGUUCAUCAAGCAGAUGAGGGGUUUGGUGAAAGUCAGACAUUCACUGGCGAAAAAACAUUUUGUGAUUGGAGUGGCAUAUUCCAGCUUCAAGAUGAGACCGACCAGACCGUCAGCAGCAGAUGGGACCGAACGUCUGCCCUUCCAGUGGCUGAAGCUGAGAGCUCCUGAAUUCAGAGUCAGUGGAGAGCAGAUAACUGUCCUUCAGGAACCAUCAGAGUUCUACAAUGCAAUCAAGGAUAAUAUCGGUUUGUCAAAGAAGAGCAUAGUCCUAGCUUCUCUCUACCUCGGUGAUGGGCCAAUGGAAGAAGAGCUGGUGAAAUCCAUACAUGAUGCUUGCGAGAGAGCCGAGAGCGAAGGGGAGGAAUUGAGCAUUCAUGUCCUACUGGACUGCGUACGGGGAUCACGAGGAGUGAAGAAUUCCCGCACCAUGCUGCAGCCGCUCUUGAAGGACUUUCGGGAUCAAGUGACUGUAUCACUCUACCACACCCCGGAGCUGAGGGGUGCAAAGAAGGCCCUCAUCCCAGAGAGAUUCAACGAAGCCAUCGGUCUUUCACAUCUCAAAGUGUACACCUUUGAUGACACUCUGCUGAUGUCAGGGGCCAAUUUAAGUGAGAUGUACUUCACUAACAGGCAAGACCGGUACAUCCUCAUCAAGAACUGUCCAGAGUUGGUCAACUUUUUCAACGAGCUGGUUCUUGCGGUCAGCUCUCUGUCUUUCCAACUCCAUCCGGACAAUUCCCUAACUCUCCAUUCAGCAGACAGUAUUCAUCCAUUUGAAGGAGACCUGGAGGAGUUCAAGUUGAGAGCAUUCAACAAAAUACAGAAUGUUUUAGAAUCCCAUGAGCAUGACCAUAGCUUAGGUUCAUUGAAAAAGUGGCAGAGGACAGUCACAGGUAGCAGUAAAAGCGAUUGCGCAAUGAACAAUCAACGAGAAUGUAGAACUGACCAAAGCAAGCUAGGGCACGCAACCACAGAUCACAAAACAGUGCAAUCUUCCUUAGGUAGUGUUUUAGUCGCACAAGAGUCGGGAGGUGUGCAUUAUGUAUUUGAUGCUUCUGCAAAUGAAAGAACUAGUAAGUGCAAUGAAGGAGACGUAACAGAUGGGUCAGUAGAAUCUCAGGGAGACGGUUGUCAUGGUGAUUUGAGACAGGGUAGAACUGAUCAUAACUCUGUGGAGGAAACUGUGGAUCAGGUCAAGGUUCAGUUGCAGGAUGAGGACGCCAUACAUGUCAGGGGACAGGAUGCCCAUCCGUUUGUAGGAAAUAGCAGACAAAGAACGUUGGAUGACACUAAAGCAACGGCAUCUCAGGGAACAAAAAGCCUUGAGGAUUGCACCAAAGACAUCAAGGAGGCUGACACGGUGAUCUAUCCCUUGGUUCAGAUGGGUCCUCUGGGUAUCACGGUAGACCAGGAGGUCACCAGGCAGCUGCUAGGUGAAGGGGAUCCAGAAGCAGUGUGCUACUUGGCAUCAGGGUACUUCAACCUUACCUCAGAGUACAUGGACACCAUCUUGCAGUCGAAUGCUACCUUUGAAAUGCUGAUGGCUUCUCCCCAGGUGAAUGGAUUCUAUGGCUCCCGUGGAAUAUCAGGAUACAUCCCCCACUCCUAUACCUUCAUUGCACGCGAGUUCUUCAGGGCGAUACACCAAGGUCGACAGCAGCGCAGGAUAACGCUCUAUGAGUUCUACAGAGUUGCAUGGACAUUCCAUGUCAAAGGGUUGUGGUAUUACCUCCCUGAAGAGAGUCUUCCCUCUCUCACUCUCAUUGGAUCUCCAAACUUUGGUCAUAGGUCAGUCCAUCGUGAUCUCGAGGCUCAACUUGCCAUCGUUACCCAGAAUGCCUCACUCAGGGAGCAGUUACACAACGAGCAUGAGCGUCUGUAUGCAAGAUCAGAGAAAGUAACAGCCGACACGUUCACGCAACCUGAGAGGAGAGUACCGCUUUGGACAAGACUGGUUACCAUAGUAACGCGCAACUUCUUUUGAAACAAGGGUCAAAGCUUCCCUAAGAGUUGUGUGAGUACAGGAGCAAGGAUGCUCUGUAAGCAGACAUGUCCAAAUGGUGUUGGGCAAAUAAAUCUAUCAAAUUAUAUUUUGAAGACAUUUGUAUGUUACUGGACCCAAUUGGUCCAAAGAAUUA